UCUGCAUCGCCCACGCGGCCGAGCCCUGCUGCUCUUAAACCCCGGAAAAACCACACUCAUCAAACGCAUAGCCCCGGAACGGACACCACGAUGCCGGCCUCCAUCGCGGUCUUCCUGUGCCUGCUCUCGGUGGCCAACGCGGCGGCAAUGGAUCCGGCGGAGAGGGAGACGCUGUUCCUCGUCAUGGACGCCGUCUCCUCCGACCGGGACUGGCGCUCCGAGAGCCCCGACCCCUGCGGCGCGCCCUGGCCGGGGCUCGAGUGCAAGCCGGCGCCCGGCACCGCCGCGCCGCUGCACGUCACGCGGCUGGACUUCGGCGUGGAGCCCAACCCGUCGUGCAAGGACGCGGCCACCUUCCCGCCCCAGGUGCUCACGCUGCCCCGCCUCCAGUCCCUCUUCUUCGUCGACUGCUUCAACAACCCGGCCGCCGUCACCGCCCUCGUCCUCCCUUCCGCCAACCUCUCGUCCUCCACCCUGCAGCAGCUCAGCAUCCGGGCCAACCCGUCGCUGUCCGGCGUCAUGCCGCCGCAGCUCGUCAGGCUCAGGUCCCUCCAGGUGCUCACCAUCUCCCAGAACGGCCUCGUCCGUGGUGAGAUCCCGCAGGGCAUCGGCGAGCUCAAGUCGCUGGUGCACCUCGACCUCAGCUACAACUCCCUCUCCGGGCCGGUGCCCAGCCGGAUCAGCGAGCUCAAGGGCUUGGUCGGCCUGGACCUCAGCUACAACGCGCUGUCCGGCCCCAUCCCCAGCCGGAUCGGCGACCUGAACCAGCUGCAGAAGCUGGACCUGAGCUCCAACAACCUCACCGGCGGCAUUCCGGACACCGUCGCCAACCUCACCUCCCUCACCUUCCUGGCGCUAAGCAACAACGGCCUCAAUGGGCACUUCCCCCCUGACCUCUCCGGUCUCCGGAACCUCCAGUAUCUGAUCAUGGACAACAACCCGAUGGACGUCCCGCUGCCGUCUGAGCUCGGCAGCCUCGCCCGUCUUCAAGAACUCCGGCUAGCCGGCUCCGGCUACUCGGGGCCGAUACCGGCGGCGUUUGGACAGCUGGCGAGCCUGACGACGCUUUCGCUCGAAGACAACAACCUCACGGGUGAGAUUCCCGCGGGGCUGAGCAGACUGCACAGGAUAUACCACCUGAACCUGAGCAACAACGGGCUGGGCGGGGCCGUGCCGUUCGACGGCGCGUUCCUGCGGCGGCUCGGCCGCAACCUCGACCUCAGCGGCAACUCGGGGCUGUGCCUGGACGUCGUGCGGGACGUCGGCGUCGGCGUUGGUGCCUGCCAUGGCGGCGGCGGCGGUGAUGGUUCCUUGGCGCGUGACUCGGUGAGCAGUGCUGCCAGGGGAGUGAUGGCGAGGGGUUCCACGGACAGUUUCCGGUUUCGCCUGCUCGGCCCAGUGUGCGUGGUAGUGAUCUGCAUUUUUCUUUCCUCCGAAUGAGUAUGCGUAGUGCUGAUAGGACCAACUGCCCAUGUACGUACUUGUGUGUUGUAAAAUUGUAAUGCUAAUUUGUCUA